AUGGCAAAGGCCUGCUCCUAUGGCCCAGCCAAGCUUCCGCUCCGCGAUCGCAGGGCACAACUACGAUCCACAGAUCAAGCCCCGUGGAUCGUCCAGAACUCGAGUCCUCAAAAUUGGUCAAAUGCAGCGACACAGGUAUCAAAAACGGGAGAAACACGGAAUCCAGCUACUUGGCAAUGGACUGAGUUGGAAAGGAUGAAGACUUUGGAUUCCUUCCCCAUCAUGAUGCCUCUUAGAUCAAAGGAGCUUCUUCACUACUUUAGACAAGUAGGUGAAGCAAUCGGCGUGCCCUCUGAACAGCAACCCGAACAGCAACUACAUGAUUGUAUGAGCUCGGCUGUUCAAGACCCAUUCGCCCUCCGUAAUAUGCUUCUAAUUGCCGGCAUACAUUAUGCAUGGAAUCUCGGAGAUCUCCAGACUUUUGAACCCACUUUUCUAUCACACAAGAUCCAAGCUAUCCGACUGGUCAACGAAGGGUUAAGCUGCCCCUCUAACGGGAAGGAUUAUAUGACCUGUGCUAAUUACAUCAUCACGUUGAGCUUCACGGAGUGCUGUCUUGGGAACUUCCGAGUUGCAGAAGCGCACCUCAGCGGCCUCAUGAGGUUCAUCGAUGCCCACAGAGCUAAUGAACAGAGCCCAAGCCCCGAGGACACUAUUAAAAGAGAGCUUACCGACCGGUACCUUAUUUUGGCCUACAACUUUGUUCACAGUCUGAAAAGUCGCCUGGACGAUUUCCUAGCCAGCAACGCUAUAGUGGAAAACAUUUCUCGUGACUCGGACCCAAAAGGUCUCGCAAGAGUCUUACAUCGCUGGCAUAUACAGGAAGCUACCGGUCUCGCCUUCAGACUAAAGACGAUCAAAAUGUUCCCGUACUUCUUUAGCUCGGCAAUUGUGACCAAAUACCCUCGCCACAUCGAUGUCAGUGACAUUAUCUCCUGUCUUACGCAGAUAACAAAACAACAUGAUGCAAGGUUUGCGGGAUCUGAGGCGACAUAUGAUGCUCAUUCCCGCUAUGAGCUCUGGGACAGCGGUGGCCCCUCGAGGCUGCUAUCUGCCGUGGUAAGCGCUCACAUGGACUCUAUUUCAAAUGAGCCACCCCUCUCCUCUCAAGCGAAGCCGGGGUUUGUCUCUUCAUGGUCCGGUUUCUGUGUCGCCAUUGGCAUGUAUCUCACAUCGGUGCUCGGCAUCUGGAAUCAAGGAUCCCCAGCGGAGAGCUCACUUCUGCAUCAUGUACUCCUGAUCCUAAAGCAGGAUUUGCAAACGAGCUGGCUUAACUUCAAGGCCCGGAGCAAAGAGUCGCAGGCCUUAUGGAUUUGGAAGUGGUUUGCUGGGGCGCUCACCAUAGCCCACGUCCAGCCAAAUGCUUGUGACAAGCGGUUCCGGGAGUUGAGUGCCGAAUUCCUAUCUCUCGCUGAACAUUGCCGUGGUGUCAUCAGGCAGGGCUCUGAACACUGGCCCGAGGUAAAAGCCUUGCUUUACGGUGUUGUUUGGCCUCAGGAGCUUCCCAACGAAAUGGACGUAAUCGAGUUUUGGAACAACCCCAUCCUGGGCUCGCUCAGUUCAAGUUCUUGA